GGAAAUGGAUUGGAUGGAUUCUAUUUCAGUGUUGUUCCUAUUUGCCCUUAUGCUUGCAUUGCUUUGGAAAACGAGUUUCUGGAAUAGCAGCAAAAGAAAACGUCCACCAGGACCACGCCAAUUACCACUCAUUGGAAACCUCCACCUCCUGGAUCUGAAGAGGCCUCACACAACCAUGUUAAAGUUAUCUAAAGAGUACGGCCCUGUCUUUAGUAUCCAAUUGGGAUUCCAGAAAAUGGUCGUUCUGGCAGGCUACAAGACUGUGAAGGAGGCUUUGGUGAACCAGGCGGAUGCCUUUGCGGACAGACCUUUGAUCCCAGUGUUCAAAGAGUUUUAUCGUGGCCAUGGAAUUAUUUUUUCUAAUGGAGAGAACUGGAAAGCGAUGAGGCGUUUUGCAAUAACCACGUUAAGGGACUACGGAAUGGGCAAGAAGACCAUAGAAGACAGAAUCGUUGAGGAGUGCCGCUUCCUAAUACAGAAAUUUGAAUCUUUUGAAGGAAAACCAUUAGAGACUACUACAAUCAUGAAUGCCGCUGUUGCCAAUAUUAUAGUGUCCAUAUUACUUGGCAAACGAUAUGAAUAUGAAGAUCCCACAUUUUUAAGGUUACUAAACUUGGUCAAUGAAAACAUCCGGCUCCUUGGAAAGCCGUCAGUCAGGCUGUACAACAUGUUCCCUGCUCUGGGUUUUCUUUUUGGGGGUCACAAGACUAUCUUUAAGAACAGGGAAGAAAUGCGAGCCUUCAUCCAGGCCACCUUCAUUGAACACCUCAAAGAACUGGAUGUGAACGACCAGAGAAGCUUCAUUGAUACUUUUCUAAUCCAGCAGCGAGAGGAAAAGAACAAGAACCAGAACAACAAGUUUUUCAGUAAUGAAAACCUAAAAGCUGUUGUGGGGACCUUAUUUACUGCUGGCAUGGAGACCACUUCAACUACCUUGCGUUGGGGCCUGUUGCUGAUGAUGAAGUACCCUGAAAUUCAGAAGAAAGUGCAAGAAGAAAUAACCAAGGUAAUUGGGUCUGCUCAGCCACGGAUAGAGCACCGAGCAAAACUGGCCUACACUGAUGCAGUGAUUCAUGAAGUUCAGAGGUUUGCUAAUAUUGCCCCUACAGCUGUGUCACACGCCACCACUGUAGAUGUAACUCUUGGAGACUACUUCAUUCCAAAGGGGACACAUAUCAUCCCAUUACUGUACUCUGUGCUGUACGAUGAAUCUGAGUGGGAGAAACCCUUUCAAUUCUAUCCUGAGCACUUCCUUGAUUCUGAAGGAAAGUUUGUCAAGAGAGAUGCCUUCCUGCCUUUCUCUGCAGGUCGGCGAGUGUGUGCUGGUGAGACCCUGGCCAAAAUGGAGCUCUUCCUCUUCUUUACAAGUCUCCUGCAGAGAUUCACUUUCCAGCCAGCCCCUGGGACGUCGGAAGAAGACCUGGACCUGACCCCAGUAGCUGGGGGAACUUCAUCUCCAAUGCACUACAGUUUCUGUGCUCUGCAGCGCUCUUAACAUCCCGCCAUGCUCAGCUCCCGUCUGACUCCAUCCUCCUCUUCUGCACCUUUUGUUACUUAAUAAGGACACUUUAGAUUCAGCAGAACCAGAUUAUGAUUUGUCAUAUACCUUCCUGUUUCAUGUACUCAGGGGUGGAAGUCUAACAGGAGCUCCUAUGCAUAUUAGGCCACAAGGCUCUUUUUUGUAAGCUCUUGGAGAACUGGCUACAUCAGGUGUGUGUGGCCUAAUAUGCAAAGGAGCUCCUGCUAGAAUUCCACUCUUGCAUGUACUUAUCUGUGAAACCCCUACAAGCUAGAUCAGAGAUAUAACUUAGUUCAAAAUUUGGCCUUCACUUCUUGAAUUGCUUACUGAACAGAGAAAACAACAACAUUUCUGUAUCUGAUUUCUCAUAUUGACACAUUACAGACGUCUUCCAAUCGCUAAAACUAUGAAAGUGAGUUAACAGAGAUUGUAGCCUUCCAAGUGAGUUCCUUCCCAUGGUACAAAAUGUGUAGACAAAAUGAAUAUCAUUAGUGUUGGUUUUACACAUGAAACCUGCUUCACAAACAUGUAAGGUCAAUUCAUUUUCUCACUCAUUCUGCUAAUUGUUGGAGCAAUUACGCUGCCUCAAGUCAGAGAAGGAUACAGGGCUUUUUUUUUUUUUAGCAGGAACCCACAGGAAAGCAGUUCUGGCUGGCUUGGCACCAGGAGGUGUGGCCUAAUAUGCAAAUGAGUUCCUGCUGGACUCCCCCCCUGUGUGAAACAAUGGUGCCAACAGAGGGUGUGGCCUAAUAUGCAAAUAAGUUCCUUUUGGGCUUUUUCUACAACAAAAGUCCUGGAAGGAUAUAUAAAACAAAGGCCACUGUUCACGGAAUGAGUAAGCAAACCGUGCUCGCUUUGACAGCACAUAUACUAAAACUGGAGUAAGCAAACCCAACUGAUAUCAUGGUGAAACAAUUUUUGUGGAUGAGAAAGAGAUGGAGAAAAUUAAAGUCACUGGUUGAUUCAGCUGGAUGUUUCUGCAAACAGGAUUUCUUCCCAGAGAACUCGAGACUGGCUUAGUAGAAUAAAAUACGAACAUUCUGAACAUUCGUUUAUCUAUUUUGCUUGCAAUCACACUCUUGCUUAGUCAAGAGCUUUUGAGGGCCCAUCUCUCUCUUCAAUCUUUCUAUUCUUAGGCAGAAUAAUAACCCUUGUUAACAGUGUUAUUUACCUGACAGUAUAAUUACCAAACACUGUGCAUAUUAAAAUUCUCAACAUUAGUCAUAAUAAAAAAUAAUUCACCAG